AUGGAGCUGGCCCCGAUUUACCCACAUUUUCUUGCUAUUUCAAGUUUUGGUCAACCAAAAGUUGGUCUUGAUGUCUGUUCAGGAUGUAUUGAAGAAUCUGUAGAAAUAAUCAACAUUUUGCUCAAUUUGAUUCUUGAUGAGGGAAUUAUAGAAUUCUGUAAUGCAUUAUGUGGAGCUCUUGCCAAUAUAACUGGUUCUGUAAUUAUUGGUGAACUUUGUACUGUUGCAUGUGACGCAGCAGGUAUUGACGAAUUUAUCAAAAUAAUUAUUAAAGCUGAUCUUGAUCCUAUUUGGUAUUGUGAAAUGAUUGAUCUUUGUCCAAUUAACGAUCAUGGUGAUGCUAAAUUUACAAAUUUUGGUAUUACUCCAAAAAGUGCACCUGAUGGUUCAAAAUUUGUAAUUGACUGUUCUUUUAUUAGUAUUAAUGGUACUGGUACCGGUACAAUUAAUAUUGAAAUUGUUGAUCCUAAAAAUCGAUCUUCUGGUAAUCUUUUUUGGUUCGAAGCCCGAAAACCUGGUAUAUACCCAGAAAAAAUUGGUCUUCAAACAUUAUUUGAAUUUGAUUGUGAUCCUACAAAAGAAGUUUGUGAUAAUUGGCCAUUAGGUACUUACAAUGUUACUGCACAAGUAUGCAAUGGAGAAUGUGGUUCACAACAUCCUCAUUCGUCUAUUUAUGAUACAGCUAAAAGCUCA